GGCAAUUCUCAUUAAAGAUCUAGUGUAUCGCUUCAGGGCUGCGCUCCACGACAAAACCCUUCGCAACGAUAGCUACACGUGUAUAGAUUCAAUCCAGCCUACCAGUGGCGACUGCAUACUCAAACGUAAUACCGAGUAAUCAACAGCUGCGAUCCUCACUACAACUAAAACGGCCAACGCUUCUCGCGAGAUCCAAACCCGAACCUGGACGACUACCACUCACAUUUGCGCUGUCGCGACAAUUGCAGCACGUCGGCAACGGCCGUGCAGAACGAUUUAGAGUACAAGACGGUACAUGAGGUAGUCUUACCUCAAAUGGCCUGAAUGGCAUCAGAGCACGAUCAAGAACAAUUAACGCAGCAGCCGGCGCAACAACAAGAACAGCCACCUUCGAGCCCGCGAAAUGACGAGCCCAUUGCCGCCGAAGGAGGUACCGAGGACACGUCAAGUCAGGGCUCUGUACUAAACAUAACACAACCCCCAAUUCCAUCCUGCGAACUCGAAGCCGAUCGACCGGCGCUGUUCCCCGAAGACGACGGCGAUACCGUCUCCAUCCCAUCCGACGCCCCCUCAGAACAAGUGACAUCCCCAAGUGUCUCAGUACCUCCAUAUUGGUUCGACACCCACACUCACCAAGAACAAAACCACCUACAAGUGCAUGGUCCUCGCCACGCACGCGCCGUCUCAAGUUCCUCAGUCGACUCGGUCCUACCACCGGGGGCGAUCACGCUACAAGACAACGAACGGGAGGACGAUGACGACGACAACGAGCACACGGGCCGGCGCAGCAAUAGCAGCGAGUUGUAUGGGCGGAACCGCAACCGGGCGUGCUGGGCGCGCAGCGUGCAAGUGACGGACUACGUGCUGGUAAACGGGAGCACGACGAAUAUAGGGGCGUUUGUGGUGUGGAAUAUUCGCGUCGAGACCCUAAACGGCUCCCGAAUGAACAUCCGCAAGCGCUAUUCAGAAUUUGACGACCUCCGCCGAUGGCUCGUUCAAACCUUCCCCAACUUUGAGGCGGCCGUGCCGGCGCUGCCGCCCAAAAGCGUGCUGAAGCGGUUUCAGCCGCGCUUUCUCGAGAAACGGAGGGCAGGGCUGCAGUACUUCUUGAACUGUAUCCUGUUGAACCCCGAGUUCUCGGGCUCGCCCGUCUUAAAGGAAUUUCUUUUCUCAUGACCCGACCCAGUUCUGGGAGAUUCUGGCUCACGAGAUGUGCCUGUCCUUAGCAACGAAGACACGAUUCGGGAUAAUGAUUAUCUUGGAUAUCGCUCGCUUUCUCCGCCGUUGCGGCGGUGUGGUUGGCGUACUACACCUAAAUAUAGGUUUGGCAAUUGAGAACUGCACAGGGCUGAGGGCUACCGUGACGGUUUGCCUCCUUCGCGGCUGGCUCCACACAUCAGCAGUGUCCACGCUCUUGGUUAUUACCGUCUUAUUGAGUCUAUAUGCUUCAUCCUCCUUGAAGACCAAUAUUACUGAUCCCAGACAUACAAAUCAAGUACUUCCAAAACCGCUGGUAUGUACCAGCAAGGGCCCGAUGAUAUCGAUGCCAAUGACACCCCGAAACAAACAACGCCAUGCUACGAUGCAAAACCCAAUGCCCAAAGCCAACCCGUAACUCUAACCCAGG